AUGCAUGCAUUAUUUUCACAAGUAGAGGUGUUCCUGAACAACAAGCUGGUCACACCAUCAAGCACAGCCUAUCCUUACAGAGCCUAUAUCGAAACUGUUCUCAACUUUAGUAAAGAUGCGAAGGAUUCCCAUUUGACAUCAGCUCUAUUCUAUAAAGAUAAAGCUGGAAAAAUGGAUGCAGUCAACCCUCUCGCACAGGACGCAGACGCCAACACGGGUUUGAAAAAACGCCAUGCACAUACACGGGCAAGCAGAUCUGUGGUCGUGGAAGGAAGAAUUCAUUUUGAUCUAUUCGCUCAAGACCGUUAUAUCCUUGGUGUCGUGCCAAUCAAAAUAAAGCUUGUGAGAUCAAGAAAUCCUUUUUGCAUCGUUUCAUCUGCUGAAAACCCAACUUUCAAAGUGGUUAUUGAAGAAUGUAUGUUUCGUGUACGGCGAGUGAACGUAUCACCUAGUGUCAUGAUGAGUCAUAGUCAGAGUCUACAACACAUCACAGCUAAAUAUCCUAUCAACCGUAUCGACUGUAAAGUUGUUUCAGUGCCAAGAGGAAAUAUGUCUGGAAACCAACCUAAUAUAUUUCAAGGUGCUUUACCAAAUCGUAUUGUGAUUGGAAUGGUCGACGCAGACGCCUUUAACGGUACCUAUACGAAGAAUCCAUUCAAUUUUAAAAAUUACGAUAUUUCUAUCAUGGGUCUGACUGUCAACGGAGAGAACUUACCUGGAAAACCGCUCCAAUUGAAUUUUGGAGCAGAAAGUAACUACAUUUCUGCUUUUCAAACCCUGUACGCGGGUACACAUAAGAUGUUUGAAAAUCAGGGCAAUGGUAUAACUCGUGAAGAAUAUGCAAACGGUUAUACGCUGUUUGUAUUUGACCUCACGCCAGACCUAUGUCUUGGUGAUCAUGUACAACCGAUUAAAAAUGGAAAUGUGUCAAUCGAAUGUCAAUUUGGAACACCGUUGGAGACGGCUAUAAAUAUCGUUGUGCUUGGCGAAUUUUAA